GCAGCGGGCGGGCGGUGCUGCUGCUGUGGCUGGGUGGCGGCGCGGGGGAACAAUGGGAUCCUUCUCCUCAGCCCUCAGAGGGGCCGUGGCGUAAGGGACGAGGGGGAGGCCGGCGCUGCGCUUGGGGACUACCAUGAGCUCCGCCGAGAUUAAGAAGCCACCAGUGGCCCCCAAACCCAAAUUUGUGGUAGGACACAAGGCAACGCCUCCACCUGUUGCACCGAAGCCUGAUGUUGUAAUUUCUAGUGUUAUCCAGGCAGCAAGGAAAACCAAGCCAGCAAUUGCACCGAAACCGAAGGUUCUCAAGGCCUCAUCUGUUCCAGAAGUUAAACCUCCAUCAUUUACACGAAAAAGCACAAAAAGCUUUGAGGAGCACAGGGGAGAUUCUUCUCAAACACUAGACCACUUGAACUGUAAAAAUGAAGCCUCGGAAGGGAAUACUGGUAACACAGCAUAUAUUCUGCCAAUGUCAUCUUGCAAAUUUGAAUGCCUUCAUAAGCUUGGAAACGGGGAGAACACUUGUAAAACUCAGAUAAUUUUUGAGCACUUUGGAAACUUGGAGAAGAUAAAAGAUGGUGAAAAAAACGCACUAGCUCUGGGGGACAGUCACAAUGAAAAUCUGGCAAACAGAAAUCAGGUUGUUUUGAAAGCCAGCAUUUUGGAAGAGAAACUUAAAGAUGUUCUAACUCAUAGUAUGUUUCCUAACAGCAGUCCUGUGAGGCGCAGGUAUGCAGAUAAACUUGACAAAGGCAAUGGCAGCAGUUCCAAGAAUGAUUUUAAAAUUGAGUUUAUGGAACUUGUACAGUCUUCAUUGUCUUCUGAAGCAGUUAAAGGGAAGCAACAAAAUAUUGAUGGUAAGCUCACUGCUGAUGAGUUUCAGAUGUCUGAAAUUUGUCCUAGUUUGACUGUAAAUAACCACAAUUGCUCUUGCCCAUUGGACCAAGAAAUCCUGGAAAAUGAAAAUGUAAGUAGCAAUGGUAUGUUUUCAGGUGAAAUAAGUAUGAAAGCAGAUGCUGAUAAAGCCUCCUCUGAAACAUCUUCAGUCCUGAGCUCAAAAGUGCUUCCUAUCCCUAAGCCAAGAAAGCCACGUGCUGCAUGUCUAGUCCGUCAGGAUGGCAUAGACACCACAGGAGAAGGAACAAAGGAACCAUCUAAUUCAGAGAAAGAUUCCUUUGGGCUUGUGGACCAAAGCUUUAAAAAGCCAGCAAAAAUUAAUAUCCUUGGUCAAAGUGUUUGUUAUAACAAUAACACAGAAGUGCUUCAUCCUGAAAAAUCUGAGAUAACUGAAGGCAAUGCAGACGUAAUGCAUCAGGUGAAGGCACUUGCAACAGAAGAGUCAACUUCACAGAAUCUUUUGCCUCAGUUAUCACACAAAACUUCUGAUUUGGUGGAAAGUGUUGAAUGUUCCUUAAAUGCAGACCAUAACUUAAUUAACUCUAUGGAUGAGAUGACAGAUGAUACCAGUAUGCUAGAUGCUGUGGACAAAAGGACUAACUUUGUCAGGUGUGAUAUUUUAUCCAUGAGUUUGCCAAAGCAGCUCAAAUUAACUAGCAGUCAGCACUUGUCUGCUUCCAAUAGCCUCCACGUUUCCCCACAAAAAAUGGAAGAUAAAGAAGUUAAACUAAAGGAUGAAAGUUCUCCAAAAAUCGUUCCUAAGAAACCACAGAGGCACAGCCUUCCAGCUGCUGGUGUGCUCAAAAAAGCUGCAUCAGCAGAGCUUGUGGAGAAAAGAUCUUACAGCUCCAGUGAGAACAAAUCGAACGGUGUUUUGGAAGGACCUCAUUUCACGCACCCACCAGCCAAGGAGAAAAGUACACUGUCAUCCUGUGACAUACCCAAACGUCUUUCUGAGAAACCUGUCUGGAAGUUACCUCAUCCUAUUCUUCCAUUUUCAGGAAAUUCUGAAUCAUUAAAAACUGCUAAUGUUGCUACCACCUUCAACCACUUGACUGUUGUGACGAAGCCCAGGGCCAAAUCUCUCUCUUCUGUGGACAUGGAAAGGACAGACAAGCCUUGCAAAGACCAUCAGAAGAAGAAUAGCUUGAAAAAGUUUCUCAACAUGAAACUGUCCGUUUGCUUAAUGAAAAGCGACUUCCAAAAAUUUCUGUCUAAAGGCAGUCAGUCAAUGGAUAAUGCUGUUGCCAACCUUUCCACUGGGGAUGGGUAUGGAGGUGGUAACAACCGGAAUACAACAUCUGUAGGCCAUGAAAGGAAAGCUAAAUCUACCAAGCUGCCUUCCAUAGAAAUAAGUAGUCCAGCGUUACAGAAGAAGAGGCAGAGAAACAGAAGUCAACCUGAGAUGCGAAAUAACCAAAGGCUGGAAUCUUUAGAUGGGCAUAUACUUUCAGGAGAGAAUUUGUCACAAAUAGAUUUGAAUUCUGUAGCCAGCACUUGUGCUCCAGAGUAUGAGAACGUGCGUCACUAUGAGGAAAUACCCGAGUAUGAGAAUUUGCCUUUUGCUAUGCGUGCUAGGAGAGGUCUCUGUUUUGAAUGGCAGAACUCGAGCAGUGUGGAAGACCAGAGCCCUGGCUUCUGUGAAAUUGAGGAGCCUUGUGAAGCUACAAGCAGGCAUUUGAGACUUGGCAGGUCCUUGGAAGAACACCAUGUUCAUCCAAACAUGGUAAUUGGAGAUCUUCAGUCAGAUGAAGAAGAUAUCAUGAACAGUUCUGAUGAAGAUGAUGACACAAAUUCUGAUUCCAGCAAAGGGGAGCCUGAUCCUCCAGAAGAUAAACAGGGUAAGGCAGCUGGGAAGAAAACAAAGGUUUACCAUAUUGCCAAGGAGAUCAUGAGCUCAGAGAAAGUGUUUGUGGAUGUGCUAAAGCUCUUACACAUUGAUUUCCGGGACGCUGUGGCGCAUGCCUCUAGGCAGCUUGGAAAGCCAGUGAUUGAGGACAGAAUCCUGAAUCAGAUCCUGUACUACCUACCUCAGCUGUAUGAACUCAAUCGGGACCUCCUGAGGGAACUGGAAGAGCGAUUAUCUCACUGGCUUGAACAUCAAAGAAUUGCUGAUAUAUUUGUUAAAAAGGGUCCCUACUUAAAGAUGUAUUCAACUUACAUCAAAGAAUUUGAUAAAAACGUUGCACUAUUAGAUGAACAGUGUAAGAAGAAUGCAGGUUUUGCUUCAGUAGUCAAAGACUUUGAGAUGAGCCCCCGCUGUGCUAGUCUGGCCCUGAAGCACUAUCUGCUCAAGCCGGUUCAGAGGAUUCCACAGUACAGGCUCUUGUUGACAGAUUAUUUAAAGAAUCUUUUAGAAGAAUCUGCAGACUAUAGGGAUACUCAAGAUGCUCUAGCUGUUGUCAUAGAAGUUGCAAACCAUGCCAACGACAUCAUGAAGCAAGGAGAUAACUUUCAGAAGCUUAUGCAGAUUCAGUACAGUUUAAAUGGACACCACGAGAUUGUACAGCCAGGAAGGGUCUUUCUGAAGGAGGGAACACUGAUGAAGCUGUCCCGGAAGGUCAUGCAGCCACGAAUGUUUUUUCUGUUCAAUGAUGCCCUGUUGUAUACAACUCCAGUUCAGUCAGGGAUGUAUAAACUUAACAACAUGCUGUCGUUGGCUGGAAUGAAGGUUAAAAAGCCAACCCAGGAAGCAUAUCAGAAUGAGCUGAACAUUGAAAGUGUAGAGAGAUCCUUCAUUCUUUCAGCAAGUUCUGCUACAGAAAGAGACGAGUGGUUAGAAGCUAUCUCCAAGUCAAUUGAAGAAUAUACAAAAAAAAGAAUCACAUUUAAUCCUAGCAAAAGUCUUGAAGAGGCAGAUCCAGAGAAACAGGAGGAAGAUAGUCCGCUCGGAUCGAAGGCUCCAAUCUGGAUCCCUGAUACUAGAGCCACAAUGUGUAUGAUCUGUACAAGUGAAUUCACCUUGACUUGGAGAAGGCAUCACUGCCGGGCAUGUGGAAAGAUUGUUUGUCAAGCUUGUUCAUCAAAUAAACAUGGUUUAGACUACAUGAAAAACCAGCCAGCAAGAGUAUGUGAUCAUUGCUUCAGGGAGCUACAGAAACAAGAUAACCAGUGCACUCCUAAGAGCGGAUCCCCAGUCAACCAUAAAUCUCCAUCAAGUGCCUUGUCUACAGUUUUACACAGCAUUCCCUCUGGAAGAAAGCAGAAAAAAAUUCCUGCAGCCCUCAAAGAAGUUUCGGCAAAUACAGAAGACUCUACAAUGAGUGGCUACCUACACAGAUCUAAGGGCAGUAAAAAACCAUGGAAACACCUAUGGUUUGUUAUAAAAAAUAAGGUGCUAUAUACAUAUGCUGCUAGUGAGGAUGUGGCAGCAUUAGAGAGCCAGCCUUUACUUGGAUUCACAGUCAGUGAAGUAAAAGAUGAAAACUCAGAAUCUAGAGUGUUCCAUUUACUGCACAAAAACACUUUAUUUUAUAUAUUUAAAGCAGAUGAUCCCCAUUCAGCUCAAAAGUGGAUAGAAGCUUUUCAAGAAGGCACCAUAUUAUAGCAGUGUCAGCAUCAUGUCUGCAAGCUUAAAGGAAAACAUCCAGGAAUGGUGGUAAAACAGAGUACAGCAGCUGUUCAAAGAAAUGGAAUCCCGCCAUCUCAGCUUCCACAAAAUUGUAUAUUUGUCAGGAUUAGGAGUUGUUGCAUUUUUAGUAUAAGGUAAUAUUUUUUUUAAAGAACUGUGUGUAUUUCUGUGUUGAUACAAAAUGUGUUAUUUAUUAAAUUCCAGUGUUUACUGAAAUGCUCAGAAUGAUUUGUGAGGUCUGUGUUGAAGUCCAAAGUGCCCGUGUCUUCAGAAUGGCGAGGGGUUGGUCAACAUAUUCCUAAAGUUUAUAAUUUAAAAAAAACCAAAACACAGAACAAAUCUGUUGCAGUUGUACAGUUCCUCAUGAUUUGUGUAUAGGUCUGGAGUUGCUGAUGCUCACUUUGCAAGUUAGCAAGAACAGAUUCGAAUAGGAAUUGCAAAGAUUCUGGAUCUUUGCUGGCUUUGUAAACUCCUUUAUGAGAAGUUGUAUGAUACUGUUGCUCCUUUCCUUGAACGGCAAUUGAAAUCUUGCUUACCAGUACAUUAAAACAGUACAAUGAAUUCUGUAUCACAGAAACAAUGCAAAAUAAAGUUCAAUUACUACAAAAAAAG